AGAGUCUGGGUGGAAAUAUAUCCUGCUUGAUCGAAAAAUAACGGUAGAUUACAGUAACAGCAAUGUCCGGGAGAGGCAAGACAGGAGGGAAAGCGCGCGCCAAGGCUAAAUCACGGUCGUCAAGAGCCGGUUUACAGUUCCCUGUAGGACGAGUCCACAGACUUCUUCGCAAGGGUAACUACGCCGAACGCGUUGGCGCUGGAGCUCCAGUAUACUUGGCAGCUGUACUGGAAUAUCUGACAGCUGAGAUCCUGGAAUUGGCCGGCAACGCCGCCAGAGACAACAAGAAAACAAGGAUCAUUCCGCGCCACCUGCAACUAGCUGUGCGCAACGACGAAGAACUUAACAAACUCCUUGGUGGUGUGACCAUUGCUCAAGGAGGAGUACUGCCAAAUAUUCAGGCCGUGCUUUUGCCUAAGAAAACGGAGAAACCAGCAAAAAGCAAAUGAUCCCAAGUAGCCUACCGUGGGCACGAAAGCCCAGCGCCUCUGAGAGAAAACAUUCGUUGUCAGUCUCUUAUAAAGAGCAUUUCCUACAGCGCUGUUAUGGGUUGAAAAACGUUUAGUGUGAUUUGAAAAUUGUGUAAGUUCAUUUUCGUUAGCUCAAACUCUUUAGUGAAAUCGUAGCAAUUCGGCAGGCCCAUUUGACGCACUCUAUGAACAGGACCAAAGAGGUAUGGAGCACAGCACAACGACGAACAGCCAUUUUGGACCUCUAUGUGGAUUGUAAAGUGAAGUGGGAUUCAUGCCUUGAACUUGUCACUACCCGGUCAGUGACCGACAGUUUGGCGUAGUAUGGCUUUAGGCAGACUGAUGUCAUAUAGAUUUGAUUUUGCUUUAUUCAUCGUGCUGAACUGUAGGCAAUUGUGUUUUCAAUAAAUGUUUUGUUAAGGUGUUUUAA